AUGAAGAAGAUGUCUGCCCGCACGCUAGUGUCGCGCUUGAUCCCGCCACUCGCGGCGCAGUCGCACAAGGGCCAACAAGGUCGUGUGGGCGUCGUUGGAGGAUCAUUUGAGUAUACUGGUGCACCGUACUACGCCGGUAUUUCGAGCCUUAAGACGGGAGCGGACUUGUGCCAUCUGUUCUGCGUGGAGGAGGCUGCUGUCCCAAUUAAGAGCUACAGUCCUGAGCUGAUUGUUCACCCGCUGCUGCACUCGGACGCGGCGUUGGCGAGAGUUGAGGAAUCGAAGCGCGCUGCGGUCUUAGCGGAGGCGGUGGAGAGAAUUGCACAGGUGCUGCCGAGACUAGACGCGCUGGUUGUUGGUCCCGGACUCGGACGAGAUGCUAGUGUACAGGAGAUCGCCCGAAAAGUGAUUGAUAAGGCCAAAAAAGCCAAUUUACCAGUGAUUUUCGACGGCGACGCACUGUAUCUGGUUAGUCUGGAGCCGGACACGGUGAAAGGAUACAAGAACGCAAUCCUCACGCCGAAUGCAAUGGAAUAUGCACGACUGUGCGCUACGACGGGCCUGGUAUCCAGCGUUGACGUCGCCGAAGCCGCAAAGAUUCCACCUGCCCAGCUCAGUGAAGCCUUAGGAUUUCCAGUCAUCAUUCAAAAGGGCGCCAUCGACACCUUCUCGGACGGCAAGACCACCUGGACAAACGAUGAAUUUGGUUGCCCACGUCGGUGCGGUGGACAAGGAGAUGUCCUUACCGGAGCAAUCGGCACAUUUGCCGCCUGGACAAAGAAUUCUGAUCUGGGCAACUUUGAGGGCAAUCCACUAUUACUUGCUGCCUAUGGAGGCUCUCUUGUGACACGAGCCAGCAUCGGCAAAGGCUUCGUCAAGGCAUUCCCCAGCUCGUCUAUGUAG